AUGCGUGGGCGCGCGUCUUUACUCGCCAUCGUGGUCGCGAGCCUCCUCGCGACCGCUUCGGCUCAGCCUAAACCCGAGAGGCCGAGCGGUGGGGGUCCGGGAGGCGGGGGGGCGGGAGCGGGAGACAAAAAACCACCGGGCUCGAGGCCCGGUGCGCCCCCGGCUGAAGGAAAGCCCCCCUCGCGGCCAGGUUCCGGGGGGUCCCUCGCCGCUGGUGGCAAGCUCGCGUUCGACUCCGCGACUGGUAAGCUGAAGGGAACGUGGGCCGGAGCCAUCAUCCCUUCUUACAGGGCGCCCAUGGCUGCUCCGCUCCUCGGCACGGUGGGCUACGGAACGGACUCUAAACUCAUCUACGGUCCGUUCGAGGCUGGGUUCGGUGCCGGGCCGACGUCCACGUCAGCGUCCGACGCUAGGCCCCCUUACCCUUGCAAGGACGGAUCCACCUACUCGGGUUACUGCCCAGGCGGCAUGGACGUCAAGACUUGCGAGGAGACGCUCUUCAAGACGUGCGCCAGCGGCACCGUUCGAACCGAACUCUUCAUGGACGAGUGCGGGGGCCACGCCAACCCUUACCACUACCACAUGGACCCCGUGUGCCUCUACAAACCGGACGACCCCGGUCAUUCCGGCGUCGUUGGCGUCAUGCUCGACGGCAGGCCCCUCUACGGCCGGCACGAAACCACGGGGACGGCACCCGCGGACCUCGACCCGUGCGGCGGGCACACCGGAACAGUGCCCGCGUACGAUUCGUGGGGCAUCCCGGAGGGCGCCAAGAUCUACCACUACCACGCGCGGACCAAGCCGCCGUUCUUGCUCGGGUGCUACGGCGACGAGACUACCAGCUCGCUGCAGCACUGCCGGCGGCUGUACCAGUCCGGGACGCGCAAGUGCGGUGACGGCGCGGGGGUAACGAUGAGCGGGUCUGUGGAGUUGGAGUACGAUCUCUGGUGCCCGUGCUACGACUCGGACGGCAAGCAAGCCGAUGGGGACUCCGACGACGACAAAGGGGGUGUGGUCGCGGCCCCCGGCCUCCCGGCCUCCCCGCCUCGGCCUCCCGGCCUUCCGGACGGCUACGACACCUGGGAGGAGUACAAGAAGGAGCAGGACAGGAAGGCUGAACACGCCAAGAGGGAUGCGGAGAAGAAGAAAGAGGCUGAGGAGAAGAAGAAGAAGGAGGCUGAGGAGAAGAAGAAGGAGGCUGAGGACAAGAAGAAAGAGGCUGAGGAGAAGAAGAAGCAGGCUGAGGAGAAGCGCAAGAAGCUCGAGGAGAAGAAGAAGGAGGCUGAGGAGAAGCGCAAGAAGCUCGAGGAGGAGCGGAAAGAGGCAAAAGCCAAGCGCGACGCGAUGCUCGCGAAGAUUGCCGACGCAAAGGCUGCGCGGCGCGCUAAGGUCCUCGCGGACGCGGCCAUCGCGGGCAAGAACGCGACGAGGGUGAAGUUCAAGAAGCCCGCGCCCAACGCCACCGCCGCGUGCGACCUCGCCUUUGCCGCCAUGCCCUCGGUGAACUCCUCCAAGGCUUUUUGCAACGCCACCGAGACCUCCGCUUCCUCGGGCCGACGCCGCCGCAUCCUCAACACCGAAUACGACGUGACGAUCGAGGUUAACCCCGAGGAGGUCAACGUGACCGCCGCGGUCACCGAGCUGCAGAGCGGGGGUAUCACCCCCACCACCACCCAAGUCGACCCGCUGGUGGCGCUGGCCUCGGUGGACGGCGUCGAUUCGGGGGACCUGACGGCGCUAAAGACCGAGGUGGCGGGCGCCGCGGAGGUGCAGGCGGAGGUUGCCGCCAUCGAGGACCAGGUCGACUCGACCGAGGCUGAGGUUUCCGACGCCGAGGCGGAGGUGAAGGACGCCGAGGCGGAGGCUGACGGGCUCCAGGCGGAGGCUGACGAGCUCCAGGCGGAGGCUGACGAGCUCAAGGCAGAGGCUGAGUACGCCGACCAGGUUGCCGACGAGGAGAAGAAGAAGGCGGAUGCUGCUGCUGACACCGUGAGUGCCCUUCCCCCGCGCUCCGACGACGAGGCCGACGUGGACAUCAUUACCACGACCAAACCGAAAGGAGGAGCCGCGGGGCUCGCGGGGCUUUUCACCGCGCUCGUCGCCACGGCCGCGGCGCUUGUCAGCGUUGGGCAAAUCGGGUGA